AUGACGUCUAUCAAGCCGUUCCAGAUCGAAGACCUCUUCGAGGUGAAUGCCGUCAACUUGGACCCAUUGACUGAGAACUUCAACGUGUCGUUCUACCAGCAGUAUCUCACGGAAUGGCCCGAUCUCUUCUUCAAGUCCACCGAGAUCUACGCUGGCACCACUCCCGAAAUAAGCGGCUACAUGAUGGCCAAAACCGAAGGCUCAUUGUCCAAGAAGGAGUGGCAUACCCACAUCACGGCGGUGUCGGUCCAGGAUACCUACCGUAGGUUGGGGUUGGCGUCGCAGUUGUGCAAGCAGCUCGAGCGUCUUACCAGCGUGGACGCCUACAACACGCUCUUUGUGGAUCUCUUCGUCAAGGUCACCAAUAAGCAAGCGCGCCAGUUAUACGAGGGCUUGGGCUACAGCGUGUACAGGCGAGUGAUAGGAUACUAUGGGAAAGAGAUGCCCACGGACCGCACCGUGAUAAACGACUUGGUGGAUGGGUUUGAUAUGCGAAAGUCGUUGCCGCGGGACGUGCACAACGAAACGGUGCGAGAGAACGGCGACAAGGUGUGUGUGUUGCCGAACGAGGUGGUGUUCUAG